AUGGACUUGGAAAAGUUCGAGGAGACGGUUGCAAUCCCCAAGUCCCCAAACCUAGACGAGUUCACGCAACGCCUCUCCUCCUUUAUCACUGUCAGUCGGGCAGGGAGGUACUCAAUAUGUGCCAACGCCAUCGUUCACACUCCCUCAUCUAUCCCAGGCGACUCAUCAUUACGCAAGGCCCACUCAAACACCUUUGAUACGACUCAGGAACUGGGUCUCGAAUUUCUAUUGGUCAUAGCCUUGGGCGCCUCCGGUUUUGUUUCAAACAAUCCCCUCAUGCACUGGUGGAGGCACGCCCAUGGCGAUCCUUCCCCCAUCCAGCCCGGCACGGAAACGCCGUUUAGAGGGGCAUCCGUUAACGUGGGCGGGGGUCCGAAGGCUGAGAGGCGGCCGAUUGUACCUGUCGUAGUCAUCAAUAGCUUGGCGAAUUUCAUCAUCGUGAUGAUUGUUGUCUGGCUGACAGAGGGCAGCCAUGUGACGACUGCCGAGCUGCUCAAUACCAGGCAGCCGAGCCCUGAGGGCACGGAGGUUCCCCUCUCGCUGGUUCCUCCCCCUCACCAUACAUCACAACAGCCAACAUGCAUGCUUUCGUCCGCUGUCCACGUUCUCCGUACUCACAGCCCCCUUUGUCUGCUCAGCUCUAGUCCGCGCGUGCUUUCAUCCUCCCUCACCCGUGUUCGCCGUACUCACACCCACCCCCUUUCUCUCGUCUUUCCAGUUUGUGCGUGCUUUCGUCCGUCUUCGUCCACGUUCACCGUACUCACACCCCCUUUGCCACCUCAUCUCCAGGAAGUGCCUACCCUCAAGCAUGUGUACCAUGUCUAUUAUAACAGUAUUGUCUCAUGUCGUAGUCAGCACGCCGGUGCACCUUCCACCUCUCUCAAGGACAUUCCUGCCAUCCCUGUCUCUGCGUUUGCGGCUGCUGUAUUGGAGUAUGAGGAGAGCUCGGAGAUGGAUGACGACGGUGAUAUGCUUAUUGCUUAG